AUGGACAACGAGUUCGUUUCCGAGAAAUGGGCACCGGAGAGACGCGCGCUUUUCCGAUUGUCGACACUCCACGAGACGCCGGCUCACAGCGCACGAUCAAAAGUUCGCGCGCCGACCGCCCCCGACGCCCUCUCGAAGCCUCCUCCGCCGAUCGCGCUAGCGUUCGACGCGUUUCCACCUUCACUUCACCGCCCCUUCACUCCGGCCAUGCCUCCCAGCGAGGACGGGUACCGCUGGCGCAAGUACGGGCAGAAGAUCAUCAAGGGCGCGGCGUUCCCCCGCUCCUACUACCGAUGCACCGCGCCCAACUGCCCCGCGCGCAAGCACGUCGAGGGCGACCCCAAGGAUCCCGGUUCCAUCGCGUACGAGGGUACCCACAACCACGAGCCCCCCACGGGCUCCAACCGAGGCAAGAAGCGCAAGAGCGUUGACCAAAACUCCAAGCCGCCCCUCUCGCCAAACUCCAAGGCGAUGAAGAUGAAGACGACGAAGAAGUCCUCGUCCCACCGCAGCUCGGAGCUGCAGAACGUGACCCCGAGGUUCUGGGAACGCGCCGAGGCGCUCGCCAUGGAGACCCUCGGCUCGCUCUCCCCGGGAAGCCGCAAGAGGGCGGCGAAGCUGACCAGCUCGCGAAACAAGCGCAAAUCUGGCAACGGCCUCGCCGUGCAGGUACCCGACCUCAUCUCCGGCGGCGCGCCCACCUCCAUCACCGCCGCCCUCGUCCGCGUCGACAGCGGCGACGUCACCAACAUCAGCGGCGACGUCACCAACAUCAGCGGCUUCACCAACAUGGAGAUUCCCGCCUCUGCCCGAACGGGCAACACCCGCGUCUCGCCCCGUUCCAAGAAGAACGUCGGCGAGUCGGACAGGGGCGCCAACGGGGAGCUCAAGUCGGUGCGGUCCAAACCGGGUAACCACGUCCCGGUGGGCGGGGCCGGGUACGGUGACCUCGCGUCCACCACGGGCGCGAAGAAGAUCAAGCGCCCGAGGCCGCUCAUCAUCGACGCCGAGGCGGCGGCGGCCAUCGAGGAUGCGGGGACGCCGCUGCUGACCAUCGGGAACGGGCGAGCGGCGGGGGAGGUGCCCGGGCUGCUGAGCGCGAGGCGCAGGGAUGGGACCAGUUUGAGGAAGGCGGCCGCGAUGGGGUGGGCGUCGCAGACGCCGAGGUCGCCGCUCGUGACCCCCGGGUCCGCGGGAAACGCCCUCAUGGAGUCGCUCGCGUACAUCACCACCCCCAAGUGAAAGCCUCGCGUUCUUCGACGCACGCACGAACGAACGAACGAAGAGACCCGCGGUUGAUUUGCAUCAAACCCCGCUAUUAUUUAUUCAUCCCUUAGCCGCGCGGAGCGACACCGAGCGCCGCAUGUACCAUAUUAAAUAAGACGAGACGACACGUAUUACGGACA